UUGUUUAUUUGGUUGUAUUUUUGCCCGUGGGACUUCGAAUAUGUUAAAUAAGAAAAUAUAACACAAAUCAAAAAUGUAAUAAAUUAAUAUUGUUUAAAAAAAUCAUUUGAAUGAUAGAUCCACUCCUUCUCAGAAAACAAAACGGAAACUGAUCUCUGUUCUUACAGCUGCGUGCAAGAGCUGUGCUCCUGAAGGUUAAAUUACAAAAAUGGCAGAAUCUUCUGAUGAUCAAGAUCCUUUUAACUGUCCGAUCUGCCUUCAACUUCUGAAGUGCCCAGUAACGACAAUUUGUGGUCACAGUUUCUGUAUGACCUGUCUCAAUGAAUUCUGGGAUGUGGAAGAUCAGAAGGGCGUUUACAGCUGUCCUCAGUGCAGGCAGACAUUCAGCCCAAGACCAUCGCUCAGCAGAAACACUGUGCUGGCUGAAGUUGUGGAGAAAGUGAACAGAGAAGCACCAGAAGCAGGAACAGACUCUCCUGUCCUGAGUUUUGCUGUGUCUGGAGACGUGGAGUGUGACAUCUGCAUAGAGACCAAACUGAAAGCCAUAAAGUCUUGUCUGGCAUGUUUGGCUUCUUACUGUGAAUCUCACAUUCAAACUCAUUAUACAUCUCCUGCUUUAAGGAGGCACAAACUGGUCAAUGCCUCGCCAUAUCUAGUGGACCAGAUCUGCUCCCAACAUGAUAAACUUCUGGAGCUGUACUGUUGCCAAGAUCAGCAGCUGAUAUGUAUACAGUGUGCUCUGAUUAACCACCAAAACCACAGCAUGACUUCACCCGCAGCAGAAAGACAAAAACUACAGGAACAGCUGAAGUCAAAUCAGGAUGAUCUGCAAGAGAGCAUGCUUCAGCGAGAGAUCAAGGUGAAGGAACUAAGGCAAGCCAUGGACUCUUAUAAACUCUCUGCAAAGGCAGCGGAGGAGCACAGUGAGAAGGUGUUUACUGAGCUGAUCGGGUCCAUGGAGAAACAUCAAGCAGAUAUAACAAAGAUGAUCGGAGCUCAAGAGAAAGCAGAAAUAAGCAGAGCUGAAAAUCUCAUUCUUACACUGGAGCAGGAGAUCAGUGACCUGAGAAAGAGACAUGAUGAACUGGGGCAGCUUUCACUGGCAGAGGACAACAUUAGUUUCAUUCAGAAAUUCUCAUCUCUUACCCGCUACCAAUGUUCAGACUUGUGCACCAUCUCCAUCAGUCGACAUCUGACUUUUGAGGAAAUAGAAAAAGUUGUCAGUGAGCUGAAAAGCCAACUAGAUGAUCUAUGUGAACAAGACGUAUUGUGGAUAUCUGAGAAAGUUGCCACUGUCCAUUUAAUGGCGAACAGUGAAAAAUGUAAUUAUUUGCCAUCCCAUCCCAGGACCAGAGAAGAAUUCCUUAUAUACUCUUGCGAUCUGAAUCUGAAUCCCUCAUCAGCCUGCAGUCAACUUUCUGUAAACAACAAGUCCGUGUCAAGAAAUAAUUCUCAACAAUACAAUAUGGCUACACCAAUUUCUUUUAGCCGAACAUAUUAUGUAAGUACAGCCCAGGUACGUACAUACCAGGUGUUGUGUAAUGAGCGUAUAUCUGGACGCUCUUAUUUUGAAGUUCAGUGGAGUGGAGCAGGUUGCUCUAUUGCUUUCUCAUACGACCAGAUUAGUGAAGGAGGUGGAAGUUUUAUCUUUGGCUUUAACAACAGAUCCUGGAAAUGUGACUUUCCAGCAGCUAUUCUUAAUGUGUGGCAUGAAAACCAACAGACUAAGACUUGCUUGGUGUCUAAAAUUGGCGUGUUUCUUGAUCAAAAAGCAGGAACUCUGUCUUUUUACAAUGUCACUGACAAAUUGACCCUCCUACACAGAAUCCAGACCACAUUUACACAGCCCCUGUACCCUGGGUUUUCAUUUGAUAAUUGGGGAGAUUACUCCUCUGUGGAAAUUUGCGAUCUGUCAUCUGCAAAGCAAAAUGAGUAAAUCUAGUUAAAAGUGAUAGAUUUUUUUGCCAGUAUACUUUAGUCACCUUGAAUCUGAAUUCAAGAGAUUUAAAAUUGAUAUAUAUCUUUAUUUUGUGGAAUAACAGCCUCUUUCUUCCUGUUAUGUGGUGUGAUUGCAUCUAAAAAGAUGGGUUGUUCUAUCAAGUGUUAUAGAUUUGAUUGACCAGUUUCUAUUAUAGUGGAUUCAGGUUGAACUUCUAUGGCGAAUUGAAUGUAUAAUGCACAAUAAAUUACUUUUUUGUACAAACAGAAGAAUUGUUUGUAUGCCAACAGCAGAACGGGUCCUUGAAAAUAAUGGAUUUUUUUUUUUUUUUGCUGGUCUAUUUUUUUGUAUUUACAUACACGUGUGUUGCAUUAAAAUUUCUGGAAUGUUAUGUACAGUAAUUAUUUGCAUUUUUGAUGUUUAAUUGUAUAUAUUACUAUUAGCGUAUGGAUGCACCUUAUUUUGCAUGUAAACAUGCUCUAUGUUUGUAAGCUAUGCUUGGAUUUUCUUGUAUGUGUAGGUUAAAGAAAAAUAAUAAAGUAAGGCUCUGUAACGCAUGUUAUAAUUGGAUGAGGAGGAGAAGAAUGGUUGAAUAAAGUUAUUUGUUAUUCUAUUAGCUUUA